CCGGGGACUGGAGCCACGUUAGUUCUGAGAGACAGGCUGUAAGAGACUUUUGUUCUUUUCUGUCAGUUUAUUCAAUGUGUAGCCUACUUACAUGAACCGUGUCGUUACAUAUUUACAUUAGCUACCUUCAACAUAGUCAAACAAAUGCUAAAUACGAGCUAAUUUAGCUUGUAUUAGCUGUCACGCCGUCAUCAUCAGAGACAUCCUGCAGCGGACAGGUCGGUCCUACAUGAGGUUGCUGUUUGUUCACUGAAGAAAUGGCCAGUCCUAAUGAUCUACAGUUCCAAGAGUUUGAGGAGGCAGCAGAGCUGUUGUCUGCAGACCCGGGGGCGUCCACACUCGGUAUAUCUGCCUCAAACACCGUCACCACAGCAGCAGGAGGAGUGGGAGGAGGAGGAGGAGCAGGAGGAGGAGAAGAUGUGAAAUUAGACCUUUCAGAAGAUGAGGAGGGUCAGGAGGAGAGCUCAGAGCUCUUAGGAGGACAGAAACCAACUGGAGGCUUCUGGACCUUUGAGUACUAUCAGUCAUUCUUCAAUGUGGACACAAUGCAGGUUCUGGACAGAGUGAAAGGUUCAGUAAUGCCGUUACCUGGAAGAAACUUCGUCAAACACCACCUCAGGAGUAAUCCAGAUCUGUACGGUCCGUUCUGGAUCUGUGUGACUCUCGUGUUCUCCGUAGCGAUCAGUGGGAAUCUGUCCACAUUCCUCAGUGAGAUGGGAAACCCUUCAUACCACUACAGACCACAGUUCCACAGAGUAACAAUAGCUGCUGUAGUGAUCUUCAUGUACGCCUGGCUGGUGCCGAUUGGUUUGUGGGGUUUCCUGACGUGGCGGCAAGGGACUGAGAGGCAGAUUGGAGGCUACUCCUUCCUGGAGACCGUGUGUGUCUAUGGCUACUCCCUCUUUAUCUACAUCCCCACCUCGGUGUUGUGGAUCAUCCCAUUUGAGUGGCUGCGCUGGACACUGAUCCUGAUCGCAAUGGUUAUCUCCGGCUCAGUCCUGGUCCUCACCUUUUGGCCCGUUGUCCGUGACGACACCAAGGUGAUGGCAAUCGCUACAGUUGCGACCAUAGUGGUUUUACACACGCUGCUGGCCAUCGGCUGUAAGAUGUACUUCUUCCAGACGGCAGUACAUGUCCCAACGCCGGCCUCUACAACCGCACCGAUUCACAUAACAUUAACCACCAAAUCCCACUGACCAAUAAGAAGCAAGAGUGGCGUUAGGUGUCUUGUGUCAUCUAGAAUCACGUGCAGAUAUAAAAAUCAUGUACAGACACGACCGAUUGAGGCAAUGUUUAUUAUUGCCGUCGUGUGAUGUGUUCUGUGCUCCCCUGAUGGAAGUAUUGGGAUGGGUGUGUGUGUGUGUGGUCGUCCGUCUGUCUAAUUUAUCCCGAGGUUGGUUCAACUGUGACUGAAGUAGCACGUGUUCACUGCAAUAACUUUAGAUUUCGACUGUGAUGUUUUCAGGAUGUGGUGCAUCUCAGCGGUCUGGCACGGCUCCCUCAAUGCUGUGAUUCCCCCUCGAUUCAUCAUCAGCAAGAUUCAAACACAAGCUGAAAAAACAAAGACUCAUCAAGUAACACAAUACGAAACCCACGUUGUUGAUAAUUAUUACUUCGUGUGAGAUAUUAAUGAGCAACCAAGAAAAUGACAAAGCCCCCUUGUGUGCGUGAUCUUGUUCCUCAUGCAUCUUCUGCCAUACUGACUUAAUUAGAUUCUUUUUCAUUCAUUUUCAUUGGAUGAAUCUGAUCAUUUUCAUUUAUUUGUUUAGAAUAUAUCAGAAAACAGCGCAAUAAAUCCCCCAUUAAUAUUCCCUAAUUUAACCAUGGCCUUGUCCUCAAAUUAACAUCAAAAGAUUUUCAUUUUAAAAAGAUAUAAAUCAGAGAAUUGUGUGGAAUUUCAUUAAGACAUUUUAACUUUCCAGUAAAGCACCUGUGAGACUAAUAACAUUAACGAUAGCUGUGUUCUAUUGAAAUGUCCCUUUAAACCAUGUCUGUAGACACUUAGUCUAAUCAGGUUUCAGUUUGUAGUGUUCACACUGGGAAAGUGACACAACACAGGAUACCUAAUCAGAAUGUAUAUAUGCAUACUAAAAAAACCUUGAUUUCUGAGUGUACUGUUGAUGUUCACUACUCUCCCACAAGGGUCAAAUUAUCUUUGUACACCACACAUAUUUAAUUAUUACCUGCAUAUGAAACAGCAAAAUAUGUUGAUUUCUUGUAAACUAACUGCAAAAACAGUAUACUUUAAAUAUAUAUAUAUAGUAUAUACUAUAGAUAGUCAGUAUGUAGUAUAGAAUAGUACAGCUGUAAUUCAACCAUCCAUCAUGUUAUUCAUCUGUGAUUCACUGUUGCUAUGAAACGUGGUGCAGAACCUCAUGCUCAACGUUUUGUGAUUAUCUGAACUAUUAUCAAGCAUAAUCUUCAAACUAACAUUAGCGCUCAUAUUUUGAGUGCCCUAAACUUAACACUAAACAGGUGCUUUCUCUCUCAUCAGCUUCCAGCAACUGUUAACAGAUCUUAUGGUUCAAAACACUGAAUCUUGAAUGUAUCCCUAUGAAGCCGCUCGCUUCAGCCAUAUAUGUGGGUGAGGAAGCCGUUCCAGACUGUAGCAGAAGGUGAUGAAUGUGUUCAUAGAGUAUAAAACUGCAAAAGGACUCUUGCUGAUGCACCACAUCGCUUCUCCUACCUGUAAGAAUCACGAAGAGCUCAGCCUCUUAACCUCCACUCACUUAAUGACUUCAGUCGCUUUAUAUAAAUAGAUGAUUUAUUGUAAAUUAAAGGAACAAGGUUUACAUCUGCGGAACUAUUUAUUCCCUACUGUGAUGCUGUUUAGGGGCUUUUGUUAAUAAACUUAAGGAGU